GCCAACUCUCGCGUAUUAAUAUCGUGGCGAUGCGCACGAACGGCGUCAGUCGAGUUUGGCGGCGGGUUGAAUCGGAUCGGUCCGCGGUGUCGCGCUAGCAUAACGAAAACCAUCCAAGUCGCAGGCAGCAGUAGCAACAGUGGCAGCAGCAGUAGCGAAAAGCCAUCAUCAUCUGCACACUAUUCUGUGUGCGGGCGAAUUUUCUCAACCCCCACAAACACACACACACACACACACGGUUGAUGCCGAUCGUCGAUCGUCUUGGAGUGGUGUGCAAAUCACAAAACUUUACGUUAGACUUGGAGCGAACCAGUCAUACAGCGAGACACUUGCUGGCAUUGCAUGGCCAGUAGUGUUUAGUGGGAGUGUACGCGAGCGAUUUUUUUGUGUGUGUGAUUUUGUGUAUGUGUGUAAGCGGAGAUGCACGAAUGUUUCCUUUUUAGUGCAUCGCAAACACGUGCUUUUUUACCGGUCGGUUGUGGUGUGAUCGUCGCUGAUCGCCACUGCAAACGCAGCUAGAAGAACCGUCGCCGGAAGCUUUUUAUGCAAGUGGCACGGCGUGUGCAAGUGGGAUUUAGCAAAAAAAACAAAAAAAAACUUCACUAAAGUGCAUAAACCGAGUUGCGCUUCAAAGGGUGCAUCGAGUUAAGACAAUUGAAUCGGCCACAAACAGUGAAAACUUAUAAAAUAAUUUGUGUGGUUUCUCAUCAAACUUUGCGUUAACCCUGUCGAAACCAAACCACCCCCCAAAAAAAAAAAGAAGUUCCACCUCCCACCCCCCGCGGCAGGAUGAGUUCUACCACACCGCCCGUACACGUGGUGGAUGCGAUACACGCGUUCGUCGCUAAGCUGGGCAUCCGGGAACCGCGCCUAACUGCGUCGAGCGGUUCGCGCAACGGUGACAGCUAUUCCGGCGACGUGUAUCGGAUCAUCAUCUCACCCGGCAGCCGGGACAUAGAAGAUUUCGAGAACAACAACAACAACAACACGCACAGCAGCAGCAACCGCAUGCAUAAUGGUGGCAACGGUGAAACCAAAGCAUCGACCGUCGACGCAAACGGAAACGAAGAUGGCGUUGAGCUGCUUGACGCAGGGCUCGUUUUUACCGAGGUGCCGAAGCCGAUCAGCGUCAUUGCGAAGGUAGCACCGACGACCAGUUUGCGCCGUUCGCUCUACAACAGCUCCGCACACUUCCAGCGAGAAAAGUACGUGUUCGAUGUGGUGCUUCCGAUGUUUGAGCGGUUCCAGCAGGCGCGCGGGUUGCGUACGACCAAAAGCUUCUCCCACUACCCGAGCGUGAUCGUGUCCGAGUGCUGCGAGGGUUUCGAGUACAUUCUGCAGCGCGAUCUGAUGGCGCAGGGCUACCGUAACUUCCAGCGCACGGAACCGCUCGCGUACGAGGACGUGCUGCUGGUGCUGACCCAUCUGGCCCAGUUCCAUGCGAUCUCGUUCGCGAUGCAGCAACAGGCACCGGACGCGUACGCACAGAUUGUAAGCCAGCUGCAGGAGACCAUCUUUGUGCCACCGCUGCACAGUUCCUUCGUGGACUUUCUGCAGCGCAAGGUUGACUAUGCGAUCGAAACGCUGCAGCGCAAUCCGGAAACGGGCGAUGGAGCGGUGGCUGAGCGGUUGUGCCGGUUUCGGGAUGAGUACGGACAGGCGAUGGUUGACUGUGUGCAGAACCGAGACGAUACCGUCAUCUGCCAUGGGGACUGCUGGAUCAGCAACAUCCUUUACCGACCGAUGCCGGCACAGCGUAACGGGAUUGACGAUGGACACAAAAACAAUGGCUUCACUAACCAGCAGCAUCAUCACCAGCCGACUGCCAAAGAGCUCAAGUUUCUUGACUGGCAGGUCGCCCGUUGUGCCACGCCCGCCAUCGAUCUGUCCUACUUCAUCUUCUGCUGUACCGACAGUGAGUUGCGCGAGCGUCUGCCCGAGCUGCUGCGCAAAUACCACAGCGCACUGAUACGUCGCAUGGACGAGCUGGGCACGGUUAAUGGACGCGAGCUGUUCCCGUUCGAGCGGCUCCAGAUGCACAUGAAGAAGUAUGCCCGUUUUGGUUUCGGCAUGGCACUAAUGACGCUUCACUCAACCUGUUGCGUGGAAAAGGAUCUGCCGAAUGUAUCGGCCGCACUCGAAACAACGGAACUGGUCGAUAUCGAUGAGCUCGCCAAGGAUAUGCUGUACAAUCCGGCGUACAUAAAGCGAAUGUCGGGCGUUUGUCGGGAUAUGGUUCGACUCGGGUACCUGUAAGCCUGUUACCGCCAUUCAGGCCACUUUGUGCCAAACAGUUGAUGCGCAAGGCAGCAAAAUCACCAAACACACGGGACGGGAAAAACGCAAUUUCCCAUUUUCCAUGCGCUUCGAAGAGCCCUGCGCGCACAUUUGAACAGUGUUGCGAGUGAACAGUGUUCAAACUGCCUCCCGAUGAUGAUCGCCACCGUCUAGGGUAGAGUUAAGGUAGUACUUAAGAUAAUCCUAACCCGUCACGUGUUUAUCCUAUGCAGUAUUCUAGGGCGCUUGCGCUAGUGUUUGCGUUGCGGCAGACAAAUCGAAACAAAAAUCAUUAUAACCGAAACACGCACAGUAUUGGCAUCGUAUAUGUGUAUGGAUAUAUACGAAUGUGGCAGCUUUCCCGAUGAAUGGGACAUGAAAGCGGUUACAUCCUCCUUUUCUUUGCGACGGUAGAAGUGUAGCGCGGAACACAUUCAAAAUAUGUGGAAGAAAAAAGAAGCUAAGCUAAGUUACCAGUAGGCAAGACGAGCUAUACUAAAACUAAACAUUACGAAUCGUAAUUGAAAUUAUUUCACAAUCAUCACAUUUUAGUGAUUGGCACAAAGAUAUUAGGCAGCGUUAGGCAGUAGGCAAACCGCCGUGACCGCGUGACCGCGUGACGGUUCAUUUUAAUUCGUGUGUAUGUGCGUGUGUGCAUGUAUGUGGAUGUAAGUGGUUACCGAUUCUCCCACACAUUCCUAAAAUCCCUAACUUGUAAGGAAGAAGGAUGGAUAGACGGGGAUAGAGCGUGCGAGAUGUUUUUACUUGGUUUUAUUCCAGCGGAUGGCGCACCGUUACGUCACGUGGCGUGGCGUGACAAAUGCCAAUGGAGCGAAGAUUUUACCAAGCACAAAGAACUUCAAUGCUUCACCAAACAGUCCAAGCAACAAAAUUUCAAACCAACUGACGAAAACCCGUAUCAGCCGUACAUUCAAAAUUCAAACAACAACAAAAAAAAACGAUACAAAAACGCAUUUUGCACAAACAUCUGACGUUCCUUGAAGUUAUAGCUUUACCAUCUGGGGAAACUUUUUUUUUAAAUAUAUAUUUAUUCACAAGCAAAACAAAAAGGCACAACUCAGGUAGUUUGUAGUGGUAAUUCGUUAAUUUUGAAUACUUAGGAACGAGGUACGCACGUUUACAAUCGUCUCGCAAGGAAAGUAGCUGCUUAUAGCGAAAACAAAUAUUAUUAAUAAAAUCCUAUACGUUACGUACAACAAUAA